UGAAGGUCUGUUUGGUAUGAAACAGUCUCAUCUGUUUUUAAGAUCUGCUUCUCUGUUCAGUAUUUUGAAUGGGUAUCAAAACUAUGGGGGAAUAUCAGUUUACUUAAGUGGAGUCUUAUUUCAAAUCUUAGCUGUGACAUUUUAAAGAAAUGGGCUGCUUGUUUCACAUUUUUUUUUAAAUAGCCUUUUAUUUAUCAAAAUAUAUGUAAAGACAGCUUUCAACAUUCACCUUUGCAAAACCUAUCUUCCAAAUUUUUCUCCUUUCUUUCUCCUCACCCCUUCCCUAGACAGCAAGCAAUCCAAUAUAGGUUAAACAUGUGCAAUUCUUCUAUAUAUAUUUGCACAUUUAUCACGCUGCACAAGAAAAAUCAGAUCAAAAAGGAAAAAAAAUGAGAAAAAAUAAAAAGCAAGCAAACAACAAAAAAGAUAAAAGGCUGUGUUGUUAUUUGCAUUCAAUCCCCAUAGUUUUCUCUCUGGAUGCAGAUGGCUUUCUCCAUCACAAGUCUAUUGGAAUUGGCCUGAAUCUCCUCACUGUUGAAGAGUCACAUCCACCAAUCAGAAAUGAUCAUCACAUUACUUUGUUGUUGCUGUGUACAAUGUUCUCUUGGUUCUACUCAGCAAAAUUUCAUGUAAAUCUCUCCAGAACUUUCUGAAUUCAUCCACCUGAUCAUUUCUUAGAGAACAAUAAUAUCCCAUAAUAUUCCUAUACUGAAAUUUAUUCAGCCAUUCUCCAACUAAUGGGUAUCUACUUAGUUUUCAGUUCCUUGUCACUAUAAACAUUUUUGCACAUGUGGGGCCUUUCUCUUUUUUUGUGAUCUCUUUGGGAUACAGACCCAGCAGAGACACUGAUAGAUCAGUAUUCAGAGUAUGCACAGUUUUACCACACUUUUGGCAUUGUUCCAAAAUGUUCUUCAGAAUGUUGGAUCCGUUUAUAACUCCAUCAGGCUUGUUUCACAAUUUAAGGUUUCAUGGUUUCACUCCCAAAUAGAAGAUGUUAAACAUUGGUAUAGGAGUUACAUAAUCAUAGAAUCUGAGAUUUGGAAGGGACAUUGAUGGCAAUCCAAUCCAACUCAGAUAAGACAUUCACUACUGACAAGUAGUAACUCAACCUAUGCAGUAUAAAAGUAGUUCUCCUUUGGAGAGAAAAUAAAUUAAAAAUAAAAACUGUGUUGCCAGAUAUCAUUCUUUCUCUUCUUUGAUUUUCCUUUUGCUUCUAACAUAACUUUUUAAAAACUCAAAAAAAAAAAAAAAGACUUUUUGUCAUCCUUAAUUUUCAUGACUAUCCUCAGCUUUUCUGAGUUUUAACAUUUCUGAUAACAUUUUUCCUCCCAGGACCAUACCCUGUUCAUAUGUUGAUUCUUUCUUAUGUGGUCUUGCUUCUAUCCUCUGUACAUUUUUUUUUUCAGUCUAAGUUGGUUGUGGAGUUUGUCAUAUAUAUAUAUUUGAUCUGUCAAACAAAACUCAUUUUCCCAAUUGAUUGAAAUUCUCUCUCACCGUCCCUCCCUCCAUCCCUUCCUCCUUCUUGACCUUUUAUCACUACUGGGCUGAUUUUCCUCUAAAACAUUUUACUUCAAGGGAAUAUAACUCUGAACCUUUCCUCUGGACCAAUUCAAAUCUCCUUUCUCAAAAUCUAGAGUACAUUCAGACUAUUUUUUUUUCUUUUUGUAGUUUUGUUCUAAGGUAAACAUUUUUAAUAACACUAAAGUAUGAAUUUUUCCUAUCCUAUUAUUUGAUAUUAAAAUGUAUUUUCAAAUAUCAACCAAGAUUCUGACCAAUUUAACAAGAAUAUACUUUAUAAAAUCAAAAAUACAACUUAAACAUUUUUUCAUCCAUAAGUUUCAAAAUCUAAGACCCAUGUAGUUUUAUAUUUUUACCCACACUAAAAACUUUUUCAAAUAUAACUUUCAUAGUCAUAUAAGACAUCAUACUACUUACAUGUUUAGAAUACAAAUAAUAAUGAAAAUUUUCUCCAGCAAUCAAAUAUAUCUGGAUUAGGACACGUUCAUAGGUGAAAAAAAACACUUAAAUCAUUAUUUAAAGUUUUAAUAUGUUUAAGAAUCACUUAAUGGCAAAGUAAUUAAAGGUUUGUGUUUUCAUUUGAUGAAUCUUUUAACAGAAUUUCUCCCAAUUCUUGGGAAGGGGAGAGAGAAGGAAAGUCCUUUUUAGAAAAUUUGGACAUUUCUAUUUCUUCUGCAGUGUCUGUCUUGUUGUCCAUGAUCUUGCCUGUAUCCCAGUGACUCAGCAAUCCUACUUGCCAAUUUUUUCAAUAGUAAGAGAUAACUAAAAGGAACCUAGGUUAGUGGGGAGUGAGUUCUUGUUGGGAAGUUGGGAAAGACCUGAGUCCAAAUUCAACUUCAGACACUUACUAGGUAUAUAACCCCGGGCCAGUCAUUUCUCCUUAAUUUCCACUUAUGUAAAAUUGAGAUAAUAACAGCACCUGUUUCCCAGGGUUGUCCAAGAGCCAAAUGAAACAAUCACCGUAAGGUGCUUAGCACAGUACCUGGAACACGGUAAGCUCCAUGUAAAUGUUAGCUCUUUGCUUUUUGUCUGUCCGGGACAAAGGCCUUGCCCUCUGCAAGCACAGCUGAAUGUGCUCAGCUCUCCGGAGACCUUGUCAGUCUCGCAUCGUCAGUUAUCAUCGGGCCCUGUUCUUCUGCUCAUUUCACUUUCCACGAGUUCAAUAAGUCUUUUCAGGGUUUGCCGCCCGUCGUUUCUUAUCGCACAAUAGGACCCAUACAAUCAUUUACAGCAACUUAGAUCACCAGCUGAUGGGCUUCCCCAUUUCCAGUUCCCAGCCACCACUAAGAAGCCACCACAAAGUCUUUUCCUGUGAGAAAUAAUUCACUUGGACCCCAAUUCUAUUCCAAUCAGUACUGAUCAAUUUGGUGGAAUCUUACCAGCUAUCUGUACCUAAGGCCUCGGAGCGCGCGCCCCGGGCACCCCCGGACACCUGCGGGCUUUCUUCCUGAGAGACGGUUUCCCUUCCCGUCCGCAGACAUUUAAGUAGUUGGAGCUCUUUGACUGCCGAAGUAAACAGGCAGCCGGGCGUGUAUCAGAUCUGGAGGAGCCCGAGAGUUGCUCCAGUUCUGAGAGCCCACGGCCAGUGACUCCCCUGGGUGCUGGGACGGGGGAGACCACGUACGCGAUAACAAGCGAGGAGGGGGCGGGGCUCCAUGCCACGAAGGGGCGGGGCAGGACCGCCUUCCAGACGGAGGAUGGGCCGGGCGCCGAAGCCUCUAGACUACGAUUCCCAGAAAGCAUUGUUAGCCUUCAGAGCAUUUUCCAGAGAGGACGGGCCGUCCCUUUGUGUCACUUCCGCCAGCUCUCUUUCAACCUUUCCCGUGGAUUUUAGUGUUUGCUUCCGCUUCUCUCUCCUGAUCGAUCUGGGACGGGCACCUCCCCCUCUUGUGGCCUCUGCUGUGCCCCUGAGAAGGAGGAGGAGGAAGAGGAGGAGGCAAUGGCCCCCGGAGUGACCGCCAGGCCCAGCCAGGAAUUGGUGACAUUUGAGGAUGUGGCUGUAGAAUUCACCUGGGAAGAAUGGGUAUAUUUGACCUUGUCUCAGAAAAACUUAUACAGGGAGGUGAUGCUGGAGAACUAUACGAACUUGGCCUCUUUGGGAUUUGCAGUUUCCAAACCAGAUGUCAUCUACCAAUUAGAAAGAAAGGAAGCAUUUUGGAUAUCAGAGGCAGAUAUUUCAAGAAACAGCUGUCCAGAGAGCAAAGUAAUUACUGGAAAGAAACCUUCUGAAUGUAGUGAAUAUGGGAAGGCCAUUAGGAGCAAACAGUGUCUUGCUGUGCAUAAGAGAAUUCAUACUGGAGACUUUUUUUAUAAAUGUAAAGAGUGUGGGAAGGCUUUCCAAUGGAACUCAGAACUUAUCCGACAUCAAAGAAUUCAUACUGGAGAGAAACCUUAUGAAUGUAGUGUAUGUGGGAAGGCCUUCAAUGUAAAGGCAAAUCUUACUCGACAUCAGAGAAUACAUACUGGAGAGAAACCUUUUGAAUGUAGUGAAUGCGGGAAGGCCUUUAGACAGAAGACACAACUUCAUAUCCAUCAGAGAAUUCAUACUCAAGAGAUUCCUAAUGCAUGUAAGGAAUAUGGCAACUCAGAACAUUUUGAAAAUCAAAAAAUUCAUACUGGAGAGAAACAUAAAUGUAAUGAAUGUGGGAAGGCCUUCAGGAAUAAAACACGACUUAUUGUUCAUCAGAGAAUUCACACUGAGAAGAUUAUUUAUGGACGCAAGGACUUCUACCACAACACAGAUUUUAUUCAGCCUCUGAUAAUUCCUACUAGAGAGAAACCUUAUAAAUGUAGUGAAUGUGGGAAAGCUUUCAAGAGGAAAACACAAUUUACUGUGCAUCAAAGAAUUCAUACUGGAGAGAAACCUUAUGAAUGUAGUGAAUGUGGGAAGGCCUUCAGAUUGAAAGCACAUCAUACUCGACAUGAAAGAAUCCAUACUGGAGAGAAACCUUAUGAAUGUAGUGAAUGUAAGAAGGUCUUUAGUAGUAAGAUAAAACUUACUAUGCAUCAGAGAUUUCAUCCUUUAAAGAUUCUUUACAAAUGUAAGGAGUGUAGGAAGACUUUCUAUAACAAUUCAGAUCUUAUUAAACAUCAGAGAAUUCAUACUAGAGAAAAACCUUAUAAAUGUAGUGAAUGUAGAAAAGCCUUUGAGAAGAAGGCACAUCUUAUUGUGCAUCAAAGAAUUCAUAAUGGAGACAUUAUUUAUGAAUGCACAGAGUGUGGGAAGACUUUCCUCUACAACUCAGCAUUUGUUGUACAUCAAAGAAUUCAUACUGGAGAAAAACCUUAUGCAUGUAAUGAUUGUCCAGAGGUGUUUCGAAGUAAGACGCUACUUAAUGUGCAUCAGAGAAUUCAUACUGGAAAGAUUCUUUAUGAAUGUAAGGAGUGUAGGAAGGCUUUCCCCUACAAGUCAGAACUUAUUCGACAUCAAAGACUUCAUACUGGAGAGAAGCCUUAUAAAUGUCGUUUAUGUGGAAAAGUGUUUAGGAGGAAACAACAUCUUACUGUGCAUCAGAGAAUUCAUACAGGAGAAAAACCUUAUAAAUGUAGUAAAUGUCAGAAGACCUUCAAGAGAAAGGCACAUCUUACUAUACAUCAGAAAUCUCAUGCUGGAAGGAAUUUUUAUCAAUGUAAAGAGUGUGGGAAAGCUUUCCCCUACAACUCAGCAUUUAUUCUACAUCAAAGAAUCCAUACUAGAGAGAAACCUUAUGAAUGUGGUGACUGUGGGAAUGCCUUCAGGAGGAAGACACUACUUACUGUGCAUCAGAGAAUUCAUACUGGAAAGGUUCUUUAUGAAUGUAAGGAGUGUGGGAAGGCUUUCCCUUACAACUCAGAACUUAUUCGACAUCAACGAACUCAUACUGGAGAAAAGCCUUAUAAAUGUCAUUUAUGUGAGAAGGUCUUUAGAAGGAAGCAACAUCUUACUGUGCAUCAGAGAAUUCAUAAGGAAAAUAAACUUUAUAAAUGUAAUGAAUGUCAGAAGGCUUUCAAGAGAAAGGCACAUCUUACCAUACAUCAGAAAUCUCAUGCUGGACUUUAUCAAUACAAGGAGUAUGGGAAAGCUUUACUGUACAACUCAGAGUUUGUCCGACAUCAAAGAAUUCAUAUUGGAGAGAAACCUUAUAAAUGUAGUAUAUGUAGAAAGGCCUUCAGACUGAGGUUUCAAUUUAUUCAACAUCAAAGAAUUCAUUCACAAGAGAAGUCUUAAGUGUGGGAAGACCUUUAGACAUAGUUCACUAUUUUAUGCCUAUCAGAGAGUUCAUGGAGAUAUUCCUCAUAAAGCAUAUGAACUGGCCUUAUAUCACAACUCAUCUUGUAAUUAAUGAAUUCAUAAUGGAGAGAAACUGUAUAAAUGUAGAUAACAUGGGAAAGUCUUCUGGAAGAAGGCAUGACCCCCUGUGCAUCAAAAACAGAAAAUUCAUAUUGAAGAGAAACAUAUUAAACAUAGUGAAUGUUUGAAGGGCUUCAGGAAUAAGACUACUAUCCAUUGGAAAUUCAAACUGGAGACAAUUCUUCAUGAGUCUAAUGAGUAUGGGAAGAUUUUCCUCUAUAAUUCAGCAUUUAUUCUAUGUCAAAAUUCAUACUGGAGAGAAACCUUGUGAAUGUGGGGAGUCCUUUGGGAAGCAAAUACAACUUACUGUCCAAUGGGAUAGUAUUUAUGAAUAUGAGGAAUGUAGAGUUAAUAUAGGUUUGGAUUUCACAUUGAACAGGCAGAGACUAAAAACAGGGGGCAAAAGUUUAUUUCUGAUAUAAACAAGAAAUAGUAAAAAAAAAAAAAAAAACAAAACUUAUAGUAAACACACACACACACACACACACACACAUACACACACACACCAGGUGCCGUUAUUACAGUAAUAACAAAGACAGACAGACAUGUAACAUACAUCAUCACCAGUCUGGGAAACACUCCUGAUUCUUCGUGCUGGGGGAGCCCCAAAUCAUUCAAUCAGGCAGAGUACACUCCAAAGAGAGAAAUCCCAGGCAAGGCUAUCCUCUCUUGGGAUGAAGUUCCAACAGCCCCCUCCCUCUACAGGGUUUUUUAAUACAUUGAGAACAAAAAAGGCACUAUUCCCAGUUAAUUAUUUGAUAUAUGACCCUUUGAACUGAACAGCUCUCCAGACGUGGGGGCUUCCACAAAGGGGAAUAGUUUAUCCAUUCCCCUAAGUCAACUGGUUUCAUUCAGGGAACUGACUAGGUUUGGGGAGUGAAACACAUACCAAAGCUCAAAAGAACAUCUUAAAUCAAGCACAAGGAAAAGUGGCCUACUCUUCCUGUGCCUCCUGGUGAAUUAUCAAUUGCAAGUACCUUGUCAUGUUCUCAAUACAAGGUUACAUAGAGGAACUUGGCUGACAUUCAUUGAGAUUCUGAUUCUGUACAGUCACUGAAAAUAUUUGAAGGAUUUGGCUGAGAUUAAGAUUUUUCUUACAAGUAUGAGAGGGACUUCUAGGACAACUCAUGUUAUUUAACUUCUAAGAAUUCAUACUGGAGAGAAACCUUAUGAAUGUACUGUAUGAAGGAAGUCCUGCUUGAAUUUAGAUCUUAAUCAACAUCAGAUAAUUUGUAUUGGAUAGAGACCUAAUAAAUGUAAUGAAUGUGGGAAUACCUUCAGACUUAGAAUUCAGCUUGCUCAAAAAAAAUCAAAGAAUUCAUUCUGGAGACACCUCUUUUGCAUAUAGUGCAUAUGGGAACGCCUUUAUGUCUCAAAAUUCUUAAUAGAUUUUUCAUGAAGAUAAGAAAUAUGGGAAGAUCUCUCAGUUGACUAAAAUGUGAUUCUGAGUCUGUCAGUGCAAUUCAGAAAAUCCUUAUCUUCCAUGGACAGAAAUAAUCCCCUUUCUCUCCAGAGCUCUAAAGACACAAAGAUUUAUUAUUUUCGCAUUAGCCUUCAGCAAGGGUGGAGUUUUGCUGACUUAAGUUAGUCCUGAGUGGAGGGUGGUAUUGAGAGUUUGGUCCCGGGCAAAUGGCAUGUCAUAAGCUUAUCGAUGGUGUCUGCUAUCUGAUGAACAUCUAUAUAUGAUAAAACAGAUGAUGAUUGUGGGUGAGAAAUGUAUCCUGUUCAUGCUACUUCUGUACAUAUUCAUUAGUGUACCCAGUGUGAACCAUAAAGAUUUGGAAUCGCCUUAAUUUAAAAAGAAGCAUCACAAGGGCCAGAUAUUUAUGAGAUGUGAUUUCUGGCCAGUGCUGUGAAUAUUAAAAUGAAGCAAUUUAACAGAGUGCAGGUAAUUACAGUUAUCUUAAGGUAGCCAAAUGCUUUGUCAUCUAAUAUAUGCUACAUGAAAAGAUGAAUAAGAACCCCAUGGUGGUCAAGGGGUAUGAAUGAGUAGUUUACAGAAGUCAAAAGGUAUCCUGAGUUAUUUGAAAAAAAAAAAAAAAAGCCCCGAAUCACUAUUUUUUAGAAAAAUGCAAAUUAAUAUAAUUCUGCUGUCACCUCACAUCUAUCAGAUUGGUCAACAUAAGAAACAAAAUGUUAUCUUUUUGGAGGGUGAGGUAAAAUGCACAUUAAUGCACUAUUCAGAACUGCUUCAGCUAUUUUUGAGAAGUUUGUAACUAUGCUCAAAGGGCUCUUAAAAGUGCAUAUUCUUUGACCCAUCAACACCACUUCUAAGUCUGUAUCCCAGAGAGAGCAAGGGGUAAAAGUAUGUUUAUACAAAAAGUUUUUUUUUUUUUUUUAAUGGUGGCAAAGAAUUGUAAAUUUAGGGGAAUGUCUAUCAAGAGGCAAAAGACCUAACAAGUUGUUAUACAUGAUUGUGAAGGAAUCCCAUUUGCUAUAGGGAAUGAGGGUGAUUGUUUUAGGAAAAAAUCUCAUUAGACUUAUGUAAGUAGAUGCAGUAAAAUAAGCAAAACUAGAUCAUAGGAUGCAGUAAUAGCAAUAUUUUAUUGAUCAACUGCAAUUGACUUGACUACUCUGUUCAAGAAAAUGAUUUAAAACAAUUCCAAAGGACAUAAUGAUGAAAAAUGCUGUUCACCUCCAGAGAGAGAACUGACAGUGUAAACUGAAGAUUUGUUUUGAAGUUUGGGGUUUUGUGUGUUUGUGUAUGUGUGUGUUUGUUUUUGGUGAUUUUGCUGAUAUAGAGAAAUAUAUUUUGCAUCAUUUCAUACUUAUUUGAUAUCUUAACUCUCAGUGGAUGGAGAGAGCAUUUAAAAAUCAAAAUUUAAAAACAAUGGAGGAAAGUCCUCUGUGAAAAAAGUGAAAUGUAUAGGGUAUACAAAGUAAUAGCAAUGUUCUUGGAUGCCCAGCUGUAAAUGACUUCCUCUCAGUAAUACAGUCAUCCACAACUACUCUGAAGGACAUACUCAGUAGGUAUUUAGAAAUCUGUCUUAUCCUGCAGGAAAAAAGGGAGGGGAACAGCAUAUGGGGAGGGGGAUAGUUGAUAAAAGAGGGCAUUUAAAGGGAGGGAGUGGUCAGUGCAAAACAUUUUUAAUGAGGGACAGGGUGAAAGAGAAUAAGUGGGGGAAAUACAAUUAGCAAUAAGUAAUUUUAAAAACUUUUUGAAGUAAGUUUAUUUGGUGGAAUAUUAUUCUCUGGGAAAUAUUAAGCAGGAUGCUGGGGCUGGGUGGGGGUGAGGGUGGGGGAAGGAAACAAACAAACCCUGGAAAUCCUCCAUGAACAAAAUGAAAUAUACUGUAUACAAAGUAAUAGCAAUGUUCUUGGAUGACCAGCUAUAAAUGACUUAUUCUCAGUAGUACAAUCAUGAUUCCACAAGUACUGUGAAGGAUUUAUGACGAAAGAUCCAUAUCCAGAGAAGGAAUUGAUUAUCUCAAUACAGAUUGAAGCAUUAUCUUUCUAUUUUUAACUCAACUAUUCUUGAGGGUUUUUAUUUUCAUUAGGAUGGGAGAUCUGUUUUCUUUCACAAUUUGGCUUUUGUGGAAAUGUUUUGCAUAACUUCAUAUGUGAUUUGUGGGAUAAGGGAGAGAAUUGAAUUCAAACAUCUUAAAACAAAUGUAACAAAAAUUGUCGACUGUAACUAGGGAAAAAUAUCAAAUUAAAAAUAAAAACGUUUUAAAAAUGGGAAAAAAAAAUUGGAGUCAUUCACAUUGACUGGAUUGAACUUGGGUCUUUCUGCAGCAAAUAGGAAAAGCCUAAGAUUUCAGUCUCCUUCCCUGAACCCCAAUAAUUGCCUACUAUUCUUGCCAGAUCAGUGCAAAAUCCAAUGGCGGUCAAUUCAUGUAAAUCCAAACUUGAACUCUGGAGUAAUAGGUUUUGUAACAUGCACGCACUAGUCAGAAGUUGGCUUUAUGGCCAUUCAAGCAAUCCUCCCGGAGUCUUCUGCCUCAGAGUUGGGAAUAAUGUAUAAUUCAGUACUUAACCCAUUGUUCCAAUGUAACUAUCCUAUCUACUUCAACCACCAGUGUUCCAUUAGGUUCAGUCUAGAAGUACUGUUCUCUUCUGGCUUCAGUGAUUUUUAAAGCAUUUUUCCCACAGGGCUGUGGGCUGGUCACAAUUCCCAGACAAGCCCAGUUACUUGCUAAACACAAUGUCCUUGGAAUAGUGUUCCUCCUUCUACCCUCCCAUGUAUUGCUGGAGUGUCAGGGUACAGAAAUGCUGAACUACUGAAAGUAAAUUGGGGUUUCAGCACACCCAUGUAGCUAUCAAUGAUGGGGUUUGGGGAUGAUUCUCCCCAUAUAGGGCCAACAAAUGAACAAAUGGUGUUUACCACCAAAUGUGGGGUUAAGGGAAUAUUAGACUCCCCAAAGUACAUUGGGCCACUGUUAUGAGAUAUCUCAAAAGAAUUUGUAGCCUUAUAUCAUCUCCAAGAGGCAAAGAUUUUAAUAUGCACUAAUAGGCUAAAUCCAUAUAGUUUUUAAGCAAAAAAAAAAAAAAAGUUUUAUCAAUUAACAGGGAAAAUGAUGAGACUUAAGCAGGCCACAAAAUUAACCAGGGGGAGAUUGAGUGGUAAGUUCCUAGAGAAACCAACUAAAUUCCCAAAGAAGGAGGUUAGUAGGGAAUUAGGUUGUCAGUGAUGGGCUAAAUGCCUAAAAAGACUAGUGGGGGAAUUAAAAGUAGAGUAAAUAUAACCUUUGAAGUGACACCAUAACUUGGCUCUCUGGUUGGAUAUGGAAAGCUGUAGGGUCUUGGUGAUCUUGUCAAUUCAAGGGACAGAAAUCUACUUAGAGCAAAAGGCCCACUUAAGUCCCCAGAUUUUGGUUGUUAGCCAUCUUAGUAAUAGUGAAGCUUGCUUAAAUCAAAUUUUUUUUUUUAGACCAUAGUCUAUCCACAAGGCCUGUAGAAAAUGUUCCUUCAGUGAGUUUAGCAAGUCUAAACUUAAUCAUGUUAGUGAUUUUCUUUUUUCUUAGGCAAUUAGGACUUGCCCAGGGUAACUCUGUUAAGUGUAUGAGGCUGGGUUUGAACUCGGAUCCUCCUGACUUAAGGACUAAUGCUCUAUCCACUAUAGCCAUCUAGCUAUACUCCAUGUUAGUGAUUUUAGAAAUUGUUGAUGUUAGUAAUUUUAAAAAGCUAGUCUAGGUCAGAGUUUUGCAUGUUGCCUCACACAUAUCAAUCAGUUAAGUAAACUUGAAUUCUCUAAUUUCCACUUGUGUGAUAAUCAUGAACAAAAAAGAAAUGUUAGAAGUGUUCAUAAAGGAGAAUCUAUUUACAAUUUCCAUUAGAAAUAAAAAGCCACAUUAAAAUUUG